AGUAUAAAAAAUAAUUAGGAUUAGAGAGAGAAUCAUUUUGACAGAGCUGAUAGCAGAGGCAAAGACAGAGACCAAGGGAUGGAGGAAUAUUACAAUGGAGGUUCAUUUGGGAAAGUGAAAGAGCGCUUCAAAGAUCGAUCCAAGAAAACGAAGGAGAGAACGAAGCAGAUGUUGUCCAAACAAGCCGUUAAGAUCGCUCAACGUGCGGAGGAACAUGAACCAUUUAUUAACAAGGUGACUCAUCUCUUGGGAGUUCUUGGCUUUGGAGCAUUUUGCUUUAUUUUGGGUGCAAGUCAGUAUUUGCUUUAUUCAUUCUUGUCUUAUAUAUAUCCAACUAAUUUUAUAUCCAAUAUUCGUCAGGGCCACAGGAUAUUCGAUAUGUUUAUUGUUUCUUCUAUCUUACUUUUGUUCCUCUUCGAUGGAUCUACUACAGAUUCAAGAAAUGGCAUUACUAUCUUCUCGUAAACACACUCAACAGUUUUUCACAUUUUCAGUUGUGCUUUCCAAUUAUUUUAAUGGCAUAAUACAUGA